AUCGCCGCUCCGUCCUGAGCCACAGGCGCCAAAUCGCCCCUGGGCUGGAGCCGGCACAGACCCCACCGGACCAGGCACCGACGCAGAUCCGACCCGGCCGGGCUCAGCUGGGGUCGCGCAGCCCAAGCGGGCGGCUCGGGACGCGCAGGAAGCUGAUAUACUCUCACUAUGGGAGCUGUGGUAAUUGAUGAUGGUCCAACUGGAGUUAAAGCCCCAGAUGGCGGCUGGGGCUGGGCUGUUCUCUUUGGCGGCUUCGUCAUUACUGGCUUCUCCUAUGCCUUUCCUAAGGCCAUGAGUGUCUUUUUCAAGGAACUGAUUCGGGAGUUUGGUGUUGGAUAUAGUGACACGGCAUGGAUCUCCUCCAUUCUGUUGGCUAUGCUUUAUGGAACAGGUCCCCUGUGUAGUAUGUGCGUUAAUCGGUUUGGUUGCCGUCCUGUUAUGAUGGUUGGAGGCCUCUUUGCUUCACUUGGGAUGAUAAUGGCAUCUUUCUGCAAUAGCAUUAUCCAAAUCUAUCUUACUGCUGGUGUCAUUACUGGUUUGGGUCUUGCGCUCAAUUUCCAGCCUUCGCUCAUCAUGCUAAAUCGCUACUUUGACAAACGCCGACCUUUAGCCAAUGGGCUGGCCGCAGCUGGAAGCCCUGUUUUUCUUUGUGCACUUUCACCAUUGGGGCAGAUACUGCAACAUGAGUAUGGAUGGCGAGGGGGAUUUCUUAUCCUGGGUGGGAUGCUUUUGAACUGUUGUGUCUGUGGAGCUUUGAUGAGACCUCUGGAGCCUCCUAAGAAACCUGAAGAUUCCAAACAGGUCUCUGAGAAAAAAAUCAAGAAAAAACUAUUGGAUUUUGGUGUCUUUAAAGAUCGAGGCUUCCUAAUCUACACAUUGGCUGCAUCCAUCAUGGUUCUGGGCUUGUUCGUGCCCCCAGUCUUUGUGGUGAGCUAUGCUAAAGAUCUGAAGUAUCCUGACACCAAAGCGGCUUUCCUUCUGACCAUCCUUGGAUUUAUUGAUAUCUUUGCUCGACCUAUUUGUGGAAUAGUGGCUGGCUUGAAAUGGGUUAGGCCUCGCUGUGUCUACUUCUUUAGUUUCGCUAUGUUUUUUAACGGCUUUACUGAUCUCAUGGGGUCAAUGUCCUACAAUUAUGGUGGCCUAGUGGUCUUCUGCAUUUUCUUUGGUAUUUCCUAUGGAAUGGUUGGUGCUCUUCAGUUUGAAGUUCUCAUGGCUAUUGUUGGGACAAAGAAGUUUUCCAGUGCCAUUGGCUUGGUUCUCCUGGUUGAGGCAAUGGCUGUUCUAAUUGGGCCACCUUCAGCAGGUAAACUCUUGGAUGCAACUCAUAAAUACAUGUACGUUUUUCUUAUUGCUGGUGUUGAAGUUGUUAUCUCAUCUAUCGUGCUAGCUGUAGGAAAUGCUUGUUGUAUUAAGAAAAUACCAGCACAUUCACAGAAAGAAGAUGCAGCAGAAAGGGAGGGGUUAAACAAACAACCUGAAGAUGCCAAAGUGGACUCUAUUGAGGUGGAACAGUUUCUGAAAAAGGAACCUGAAAAAAAUGGGGAAGUUGUCACUAAUCCAGAAACGUGUGUGUGAGUGUGACAAGGAUGAAUGCCAGAUAUUUAGGAGAUUCAAAGAACUUCAACACUUAUUUAUUUUAGAAAUAGGACUAGCUUAGGGCUGGGCCAUCUGUUUGGCAACUGGAGGCCAACCAGUUCAUGACAUCACUCUUUUUUUUCCUGCUUAAAACAGGAUUGAUCUUCAAGUUCAGCUGCUUGGGCAUAACUACUGCUAUAACUAAACAAAUGGCCUUCUAAACACAUGUAGAGGUCCCUGCUAUGCAUCACCAGAAAAACUUUCACUUGGGUGAAAAUGUACUUUAACUAGAAAGGAAUUAUACAUGAACUUUCCUGUAACACCAGAUGAAAUAUCUAUCUGUUUUUAUGUGUGUGAAGCACCUCGAUGUAUCUUCCAUGUCUGUCUGUGUCUGCUUUAGGAGGAAUGGCUUAGCAAGAAGAAAUCUCAGGGACUCCGUAGUCUCCAGUAGGUUUUUAAAAACAUACUUUUCCAAGUAUUUUUAGAUCAUUUGGCUCAGCCCUAAUCUAAUUUUGAUAACAUGUACAAUUUUCAAUGACUUUGGUUUGUCAAUAUAUUUUUAUGUGCUUUUGUUAUACUUGUCCUUUUUACUGGAACAUGUACCAAGAAAGGUACUGAGAUUUUCUUGGGAAACCUCAUAGCUGCUGUUCCCAAAAUGUCUGAAAAACAAAAUGAAAAUUGUGUUUAAUCCUAACAGAUCCAUGGAGCAAACUGUCCAUAUAAACUACCUGUUGACUGUUGGCUUUAAGUGCAGCCUCUGCCAAACAUACCCUACUUUGGACAGAGUUUUGUACAGUGAUAAUUACUUUGAAUAGAUGUAUUCAAAGAACUUUUCCUUAGACAACUGAUGGACAUUAAUUUCAAGAAAGAAAUUAAACUGGAGGAGGGAAGCACACAUACCUUGUGUAGACAGGUAUAUAAAAGUGUUAUAAAAAGGUGCUAGUGAAUUCAUUUUUAUAAAAUAAAAUAUUGUAAAAGAA